AUGGGUUCCAAUUGUUGUAAAUAAUCUGAGAUCGUGAGCACUAAUCAAGAAUCUGAAUUAAUGGAUCCCAAUGAUAUGAAAAUUGAUUAAGAAAUAUAUCCAUAAAAAGUCCAUAGAGGCUUCAGAAACAUACUUUAAAAAAAGAAGUUAACGAAGUAAAUUGAUGAAGCCACCUCACUUACUUUACUUUAAAAGGAAUUGAAAAAGUAUACAAAGCGUCAUAAUUGCAACUAAACGAUUCUUAGUUCUCAUAAUGAAUAAAAAUAAGACAACUUGCAAUUAAAAAAACAAAGGUUGAAAAGCAUAAUUAAACCUCGGCCAUCUCAUUAUUCGAUAUCAUCUAGUACAAGACUGAAUACUCAAUUAAAGUAGGAAGAAAAUUAACAAAGAAGUAGACAAAGAAUACGUUCUGAAAAAAAGGUGAGGUUUAAGAUUCCAAAAUAACAUAAAAAAUCAUCUCAUUCUUACUCCAUAUCAAAUAAUAAAUCUAGAUUCCAAAUCAACAAUAACAGCUUUCAAACUCAAUUAGGAUAAUUUUGA